AUGUCGGUCUCUACGUCCACUACGGCUUCAAUUUCGCAGCACCUCCUCUCGGUAUUCCUACACCGCUUCCACGCCCUCGCGACCACUGUCCUCCUAUACCUCCUUUCUCUGGGCCCUAUGCCCAAACAUGUCGGGUUCGUGAUGGACGGGAAUAGGCGAUAUGCCCGCGGACGUGGCAAGAGGGUCGUAGAGGGCCAUACGGAUGGGUUUCAGUCAUUGCGCCGGAUAUUGGAAGUAUGCCUCAAGCUGAGGAUACGCGCUGUGUCGAUAUACGCGUUCAGUAUUGAUAAUUUCUCGAGAGACGAGGAGGAGGUGGCGGAGUUGAUGAGGCUGGCGAAGACUAGGUUGAUGGAGCUGUGUGAGCACGGGGAUCUGUUGCAGAAGUACGGCGUGAGAAUACGCUUCAUUGGUAGAAGAGAAAUGUUGCCUCCGGACGUGAGGGGAGCUGUGGAGGAUAUGGAGCGGCUCACAGCGAGACAUACAAGGCGAGCUUUGAGUGGAGUGCUGAAUGUGUGUUGUCCAUAUACGUCGAGGGAUGAGAUACUUGGUGCGGUCAAGCGGACUGUGCGGGACAGCUGCAGCGAAGGCAGGAUCUCGGCGAGCGAUAUCACCUCCGAAAAUAUCUACGGCAACCUCGAGUCCUGUGAAUCGAUAUCAGCUCUUCGAAUCCCGUCGGCCCAAGCAAGGAUAGACAGGUCCGAGGAUCUCGACAUCUUUGUUCGGACGUCGAAUGUCAAGCGCCUAAGCGACUUUAUGAUGUGGCAGUCAUCACAAGACACACAGCUGCACUUUGUUCGUACGAUGUGGCCCGAGUUUGGGUUGACGGACAUGUUGCCGAUCUUAUUGGGGUGGCAGCAGAAGGUGUGGUUAGCUAGAUUAGGACAUUGA